CCUAUGUUUCUAGGCCUGGAAUGUUCAGAAAAAUGCCAAAACGGUGGUACAUGUGAACCUACUGCAGAUGGGAGAGGAGAAUGCAGGUGUCCUGAGCCGUUUGCCGGCACAGCGUGCCAGUUCCGCAACCCUUGCUUCCAGUCCCCGUGCAGAAAUGGCGGCGUGUGCCGUUUGAUUACUUCUGUCAACAAGGUGGACUUUGUGUGCAACUGCAGCCUGGGCUACUCGGAUCGACUGUGUCUCACUCCCACCAAUAAUGUGUGCCUUAGCUCCCCAUGCCGAAACGGAGGCACGUGUGAACUCACCAGCAUCCACACUUACAAGUGUAAAUGUCCACCAGGCUGGUCAGGUAAGAACUGCCAUCAAGCUGAUCCUUGUGCCUCAAAUCCUUGUGCCAAUGGCGGUAAGUGUAGUCCCUUUGAUUCCGACUACAUCUGCCACUGCACGCCCUUCUUCUCAGGCCAAACCUGCAAACAAGACGUCAACGAGUGUGCCCAGAGUCCCUCUCCUUGCAAGAAUGGUGGCGUGUGUGAGAAUGAGGUGGGCACGUAUCGCUGCAACUGCCCUGCAGAGUACACUGGGAGACAUUGCGAGACCCUCUAUCAGCCCUGUAACCCUUCACCAUGCUACCACGGAGGCACUUGCGUCCAGAAGGGAGAGACGAGCUAUGAGUGCUCCUGCUUGCCAGGAUUUAGUGGUCGGAACUGUGAGGAGAACAUUGAUGACUGUCCAGACCAUCGCUGCCUUAAUGGAGGGACCUGUGUGGAUGGAGUGAACACCUACAAUUGCCAAUGCAAGCCAGAGUGGACAGGUCAGUUCUGUACCGAAGACGUCAACGAGUGCGAUUUGAUGCCCAAUUCCUGCCAGAAUGGUGGUACAUGCUUGAAUACACAGGGUGGAUACAACUGUGUGUGUGUGAACGGCUGGACAGGGGACGACUGCAGCGAGAACAUCGAUGACUGCGCAGAUGCAGCCUGCCACGUAGGAGCCACAUGUCAUGAUCGGGUGGCCUCCUUCCUGUGUGAAUGCCCUCAUGGGCGCACAGGUCUGUUGUGUCACCUGGAUGAUGCUUGCAUUAGUAACCCAUGUCAGAAAGGCUCCAACUGUGACACCAAUCCAGUCAACGGCAAGGCCAUCUGUACCUGUCCUCUGGGUUACGUUGGUCCAGCCUGUGACCAAGAUGUUGACGAAUGCUCGCUGGGUGCAAACCCUUGCGAACAUGCUGGAAAGUGUAUAAACACAAAAGGUUCCUUCCAGUGUAAAUGUCUGCAGGGAUAUGUGGGAGCUCGAUGUGAACUGGACAUAAACGAGUGCAUGUCCAACCCAUGCCAGAAUGACGCUACCUGUUUGGAUCAAAUCGGAGGCUUCCAUUGCAUCUGUAUGCAAGGGUACGAGGGAGUCUUCUGUCAGAUCAAUACUGAUGAGUGUGUUUUCACGGGUGCAAACCAGAGGAAUCUUUGUAUUGACCACCUCCCCUUUCCUCUCGUCUCCCUCUCAGGAUUCUCGGGUAGCCAGUGCCAGUUCGACAUCGACGAGUGCGCUAGCACCCCCUGUAAAAAUGGGGCCAAGUGUAUUGAUGGGCCCAACAUGUACACCUGUCAGUGCUCUGAAGGAUACACAGGGCAGCACUGUGAAACAGAUGUAGAUGAGUGUCUAUCCAACCCAUGUCAUUAUGGCACCUGUAAAGAUGGCCUGGCAUCAUUCACCUGUUUAUGUCGUGCGGGUUUUAUGGGCCGUCUGUGUGAGAUCAACAUUAAUGAGUGUCUCAGUCAGCCAUGCCAAAAUGGAGGCACCUGCCAAGACCGUGAGAAUGCCUACUUAUGCAUCUGCCCUAAAGGAACCGCAGGUGCUAACUGUGAGGUUAACCUAGACGACUGUCAAAGCAAUCCCUGCGAUUUUGGAAGAUGCAUUGACAAGAUAAAUGGCUACGAGUGUGCCUGUGAACCAGGAUACACAGGGAAAAUGUGUAACAUCAACAUUGAUGAAUGUGCCAUCAACCCCUGUCACAAUGGUGGAACCUGCGUUGAUGGAGUCAAUGGCUUUACAUGUCUGUGCAGAGAGGGGUAUCAUGACACCACCUGCCAAUCACAGCUCAACGAAUGCCUUAGCAACCCCUGUAUUCAUGGACACUGUGAAGACAAAGUCAAUGGAUAUAACUGUAUUUGUGACUCCGGCUGGAGUGGUGUCAACUGUGACAUCAAUAACAAUGAGUGUGAGUCCAAUCCCUGUAUGAAUGGAGGCACCUGUAAGGACAUGACCAGCGGCUACGUCUGCACAUGCCGCGCUGGCUUCAGCGGUCCCAACUGCCAAACAAAUAUCAAUGAAUGUGCCUCCAACCCUUGCUUGAAUCAAGGAACCUGUAUUGAUGACAUGGCUGGAUACAAAUGCAACUGUUUGCUGCCUUACACUGGCGAGAACUGUGAAACCCUGUUGGCCCCGUGCAGCCCUAAACCCUGUAAGAAUGGAGGCAUAUGUAAGGAGUCCGAAGACUACGAGAGCUUCUCUUGUGUGUGUCCUGAAGGAUGGCAAGGCCAAACAUGUGAAGUGGACAUCAACGAAUGUGUCAAAAACCCUUGCCGAAAUGAUGCCGUCUGUCAAAACUCUAUUGGCAGCUACAAAUGCAGCUGCAAAUCAGGCUACACGGGCCGCAACUGUGAGACAGACAUUGACGAUUGCAAGCCCAACCCUUGCAGUAAUGGUGGCUUCUGUAAAGAUGCUGUGAACGCCUUCACUUGCACCUGCCUACCAGGUUUCCGGGGCAGCAAAUGUGAGGAGGACAUUAAUGAAUGUGACAGUAACCCAUGUAAACAUGGUGCGAACUGCACUGAUUGUGUGAACAGUUACACCUGUACCUGUCCUCCUGGAUUCAGUGGGAUUCACUGUGAGAACAACACACCUGACUGUACUGAGAGCUCUUGUUUUAAUGGUGGCACAUGUGUGGAUGGCAUCAACAGCUUCACGUGCCUGUGCCCAUCGGGGUUCACUGGAAACUACUGCCAGCAUGACAUCAACGAGUGCGACUCCAGACCCUGCAUGAAUGGAGGCACCUGUCAGGACAGCUAUGGCACAUACAAGUGCACCUGCCCUCAGGGAUACCAUGGCCUUAACUGCCAGGAGCUGGUGAACUGGUGUAAGCCGUCUCCCUGUAAGAAUGGAGGUAUCUGCAGACAGAGCGGCACUAGGUACAGCUGCCAGUGUCAGACGGGCUGGACUGGUUUAUACUGUGACGUCCCCAGCGUUUCCUGCGAGGUGGCCGCCAAACAGCAAGGUGUAGAGGUGGCCCGGCUGUGUCGUAACUCUGGCCAGUGUCUGGACGCUGGAAACACACACUAUUGUCACUGUCAGGCCGGAUACACAGGCAGCUACUGUGAGGAGCAGGUGGAUGAAUGCAUUCCCAAUCCUUGCCAGAAUGGAGCAACCUGCACCGACUACCUGGGCGGCUAUUCCUGUGAAUGCGUGCCAGGUUAUCAUGGAGUGAACUGCUCUGAUGAGAUCAAUGAGUGUCUGUCUCAGCCCUGCCAGAACGGAGGCACAUGCAUCGACCUGAUCAAUACCUACAAAUGCUCCUGUCCCCGGGGAACACAAGGUGUGCACUGUGAAAUCAACAUUGACGACUGCACACCCUUCACCGACCCCAUCACCCAAGAACCCAAAUGCUUUAACCAGGGCCGCUGUGUGGACCGUGUGGGCGGGUACCACUGCAUCUGCCUAGCCGGAUAUGUGGGGGAACGCUGUGAGGGUGACGUCAAUGAAUGCUUGUCCAACCCUUGUGACCCCCGUGGCACGCACAGCUGCAUCCAGCUCACGAACAACUACCGCUGCGAUUGUCGCACAGGAUAUACAGGUCAGCGCUGUGACAAAGUGUUUGAUGGCUGUAAGGGGAAACCUUGCCGUAAUGGAGGCACCUGCGCUGUGGCUAGUAACACUCCUCAUGGCUUCAUCUGCAAAUGUCCACCGGGUUUUACAGGCUCAACUUGUGAGUAUGAUGCUCAUGCCUGUGGUAGUCUCCAUUGUAAAAAUGGCGGUACAUGCAUUUCUGGUCACAAGAGCCCCAAAUGCCUGUGUACCCCUGCCUUCACUGGUCCUGAGUGCCAGUAUCCCACUGAGGGUCACUGCACAACCAAUCCAUGCUACAAUGGAGGCACGUGCGAGUAUAUCUCAGAGGCCCCAUACUACCACUGCAUCUGUCCUACCGGCUUCAAUGGCCUCUUCUGCCACAUCCUGGACUACAGCUUCCCAGGUGGCCCUGCUCGAUAUAUCACACCUGCUCCAGAAGUGACAGUGAGAUGCGAGAUAGCAGAGUGUGAAUACAAGAAAGGCAAUAAGAUCUGUGACAGCACAUGUAAUAAUUACGCCUGCGACUGGGAUGGAGGGGACUGCUCUCUGAACUUCAAUGCCCCGUGGCAGAACUGUUCGGCCGCGCUGCAGUGCUGGCGCUAUUUUAAUAACGGGAAGUGUGAUGAACAGUGUCACAAUGCUGGAUGCCUCUAUGACGGAUUUGACUGCCAGAGACUGGAGGGCCAGUGCAAUCCACUCUACGACCAGUAUUGCAAAGACCACUAUGCAGAUGGCCACUGUGACCAGGGCUGCAAUAAUGCAGAGUGUGAAUGGGACGGCCUGGACUGUGCCAGCAACAUACCCGAGAAGUUAGCUGCUGGACUCCUGGUUUUGGUGGUCCACAUUUUGCCUGAACAGCUCCGAAACAACUCCUUUGGAUUUCUGCGGGAGCUCAGCCGAGUGCUCCACACCAACGUCGUUUUCCGGCGCGACAACAAGGGAGAGGAAAUGAUCUACCCAUAUUACGGCAACGAGCAGGAGCUGAGAAAGCACAACAUCAAACGAUCACUAGAUGGCUGGAGCGAUGCUUCUAGCAACGUCUUGAGCUCCGUAAAAAGCAUUAUUUACAAUAUAGCGGUGGAAGGAGGGAGAAAACGCAGAGAACUGGACGAGAUGCAGAUCAAAGGCUCGGUGGUAUAUUUGGAGAUUGACAACCGCCAAUGCUACCAACAAACCUCUGAGUGCUUCCAGAGUGCAAACGAUGUGGCGGCUUUCCUCGGAGCCCUGGCUUCCAGCGGCAGUCUGAAUAUGCCUUACGUAAUCGAGGCCGUCACAAGUAAGAUUGAUGGACCGCCAGCCAUAGAGCUCUAUCCAGUCUACGUGGUUCUGGCAGGACUGGCACUGCUGGCCUUUGUCGCCGUGGGAAUGGUCGCCUCCCGUAAACGCCGCCGCGAACACGGUCAACUCUGGUUUCCGGAGGGUUUCAAGACCAGCGAGCCCAGCAAGAAGAAGAGGAGGGAGCCGGUCGGCGAAGACUCUGUUGGUCUGAGGCCACUUAAGAACUGUUCAGACACUUCAUUAAUGGAUGACAACCAGAAUGAAUGGGCAGAAGAAGAACCAUCAGACACGAAACGCUUCAGGUCAGAAGAGCAGGCGAUGCUUGAUUUAGACGAUCAGCCAGAUCACCGGCAGUGGACGCAGCAGCACUUGGACGCAGCUGAUCUACGCAUCCCAUCCAUCGCUCCCACACCCCCUCAGGGCGAGAUAGAGAACGACUGCAUGGAUGUCAAUGCCCGAGGACCAGAUGGCUUUACUCCACUAAUGAUUGCAUCCUGUAGUGGAGGAGGACUAGAAACAGGAAACAGCGAGGAAGAGGAGGAUGCUUCAGCCAACGUCAUCAAUGACUUCAUCUACCAAGGUGCCAACCUUCACAACCAGACAGACCGUACGGGUGAGACCUCCCUACACCUGGCUGCCCGCUAUGCCCGCUCAGAUGCUGCAAAAAGGCUCCUGGAGGCCAGUGCAGAUGCCAACAUCCAGGACAAUAUGGGACGGACUCCAUUACAUGCUGCUGUGGCUGCAGAUGCACAAGGGGUCUUCCAGAUUUUGAUACGGAACCGUGCCACAGACCUGGAUGCCCGCAUGCAUGAUGGCACCACACCUCUGAUACUGGCAGCAAGACUUGCAGUCGAGGGCAUGGUGGAGGAACUCAUCAACUGCCAUGCUGAUGUCAAUGCCAUUGAUGAUUCUGGUAAAUCUGCACUUCACUGGGCAGCAGCUGUGAACAACGUAGAUGCAGCGAUGGUAUUGCUUAAGAACGGGGCAAAUAAAGAUAUGCAGAACAAUAAGGAGGAGACUCCUCUAUUCUUGGCGGCAAGAGAAGGAAGUUACGAGACUGCUAAAGUUCUUCUCGAGCAUUUCGCUAAUCGGGAGAUCACAGACCAUAUGGAUCGGCUCCCGCGGGAUAUCGCUCAGGACAGAAUGCAUCACGACAUCGUGCGGCUCAACGACGAAUACAACCUGGUCCGCAGCCCUCCCAUGCACAGCGCCCCCCUCUGCACCACCCUCUCCCCGCCUCUCUGCUCCCCCAACGCCUUCAUGGGUAGCAUGAAGCCCUCCGUACAUAGUAAAAAACCCCGCAAGCCAAGCACAAAAGGCAUCGGUUGCAAAGAUAUGAAAGUCAAAAGGAAGAAGGCACAGGAUGGAAAGGGAAACUUACAAGACAGCUCAGCCGUGCUCUCGCCAGUCGAUUCGUUGGAGUCGCCUCACGGGUACAUAUCUGAUGUCGCCUCCCCACCCCUGAUGACAUCACCUUUCCAGCAAUCACCCUCCAUGUCGCUUAAUCACUUACAGGGUAUCUCAGACACCCACAUGGGCGUCAACCACCUGGGGAUGGGCAACAAGCAAGAACUGGCCCAUAUACAGUUCGAUCCGUUACCCCCACGUCUCACCCAUCUUCCAGUGACCGGAUCUAACGGCUCUAACAUCAUGAACGGCCAAUGCGAAUGGCUCGGGCGGAUGCACAAUAGCAUGGGUCUGCAAAAUCAAUUCGGAGCCAUGAGGAACGCCUCAGGUCAGGCCAACCUUCACCAAUCUGGCCUGAUGACGUCUCUUCACAACGGCCGUCCCGCCACGCUGUCUCAGAUGAUGAACUAUCAAAGCCUGCAGAACACUCACCUCACCACACAGCCGCAUCUAAUGAUGCAGCAGAACAUGCAACAGAGACAGCAGCAGACGAUCGUCCAGCUGCAGCACCAGAGCUCCAAUCCACCCAGCGGCGUGAGCCAAAACUUACUCGGCGGCGAAUUGGGUGGACCGGAGCUCCAGCAGAGCAUCCACACCAUCAUCCCCCAGGAGACCCAGCUGCUGAACCCAUCCUCUCUGGGCCCCAGCAUGGCGGGAACGCAGUUCCUGACGCCACCUUCCCAGCACAGUCACUCAGCCCCAAUGGACACCAACACCCCCAGCCACCAACUCCAAGGGCCUGACCACCCAUUCCUCACGCCGUCUCCGGGUUCACCGGACCAGUGGUCCAGUUCAUCGCCUCAUUCCAACAUGUCUGACUGGUCGGAGGGCAUUUCCAGCCCGCCCACCAGCAUGCAGUCGCAAAUCGGACACAUACCGGAGCAGUUCAAGUAAAAAAAAAAAAUUGAAGGCACCAGAAGCCUGCUUACUGAAGGUCUUUUAUAUGCUCUUGUACUAACCAUAUAUUUUUUUAAUUUAUUGGUAUUUUGUUAUUUAUACUUUUUUCACCAUUCAUUUUGAAAUUUGGGCAAAAGAAAUUAUCUUAAAAAUAAUAUACUCGAAUGUACACACUGGGUAUUUAUUGGUCUUAUUUCAGUUGAUCGGCCUUCAUUUUUGUUUGAUUAAUUAUACCUAAUAUUGUAAAAACGCAAAGUUCUUGUACGGGCAUUUUAGCGAGCAUGUUUUUAUACAACAAACUUCAGUGUUAAAAGUAGAUUUAUGUUGUUUGAACCAUGCUGCUUUUCCAUUAUUAGAAGAUGAAUGAUUGAAUUUGUUUCAUGUUUUUUCUGAUAUUUGUUAUGGUUAAGUUCUCAUCAUUUUUAUUAUUUUUUUAUUUUGUGCUACAAGGUUUAUACUACAAUUAAGUAGUGGUAUUAUAAUUGAACAUUUGUAUAGUUCAAAGAGAUUUGCUUUCUUUCUCUCUCUCUUGUAUAUUAAAUUCCUGCAAAAGCAGAUUUCUAAACGUCCACUGUAAGUGUGGAUGUGAAAGUGAGGAUCUGAGCUACUUACAAGAAAUGAUAUUGACUUGUAUGAAACAGGUGCCAAUAUCACGUUCUCUGUAUCUUUUUCCUCCAAUUUUGUAGAACUGGUCACGUGGCCAAAAGUGUCUGGGGUUUUAUGGAGGUGUUUCAAAUUGAACUUCUCUUUGCUGUACUUCAGUUUUGUAUCUUCGUUUGAGCCUAUGGCUAAUGUAUAUAGAUAUAUUGUAUGCGUUUGUUAUGUAAACAGGAUUUUGUUUCAGAAAUCUUAAGUGUGCCAUGAAAGUUUUAAAUAUUUUAAUGCUACGUAGUUGUUUUCUAUCAUAUGCAGAACGUAUAUUUUUUUUCUCAGUAUCACUGGGGUAGAGACUAUAAGAAAUGUAUACACACAAAUGAUUAGAGGAUAUGACAUACAGAAUAACAUAAUUAGAUGAUUUAUGACUCACUAUUUGUUGACCACCAAUAGUUUUCCACAAAAUUACAAAAAUAAGGUCCCAUAAAGGGAUGAGGUGGUGUCAUAUAUCCUCUUUAAGCCAUCAGUACUUCCAAGUGCAUCAGAUUUGAACAGCACUGAGUAUAACACAUCUGUAAAUGUUACCUAUCUGCAAAUGUGUAGUUUACAUGCAGAGUAUUUUGUCAGUUCUACUGUCUGUACAAGUUUCUUUG